AAAACAGUAUGGUAAUGACAGCUUUAGGCAGGGUCAAGUGUUAUAAGGAUUUGCAAGAAUGUCAGGUUCAGUGUUGUUUUCAAUUAUAUUCAUUUAUAUUCGCAAUUGUUCUCAGCCGUGAAAAUCACAAAAAUUGGCUGUGACCGUUUCUGCGUUUACCAAAAUGCAAUAACGGGAAAAUGCAAUAACUUCUGGUAGCUAGCUAACGCUAGCAAGCGCUAUCUGAUGAUAGACUAUAUCUACGUUUGACAUCUUAGUCGCCCACUAGAUAGCUAAUAUAGUUGGCCGAACCUAAUAUUUGUUUAAUUCAAACCUUAUGUUGUUCAGCUAGCUGGCAAUAAGCAAUGUAAUUAGUUUGCACGCAUAUUUUACUUUCCGCGCAAUGUCGACUCUCCCUCAAAACAAUUUGAAAGAGCAACUUGAGCGACACUGUAGUGUCGUCGCACAGAGCAAGUUGUCUCUGGCCAAGCCAAAGCCUGGGGCAUUUUUGUUCAAAAAGAAGUCUACACCAGGCAUUAAUAAAACUGAAGUUCCCCAAAAGGUAACUGGCACAAAUGUGUUUGCAAGCCGGAGUGUCAAUGUUCCUCGCAGCUGUGAAAUAACAAAGACUCCUUUGAAAUUUCCAUGCAAGCCUGAAAGACCACCUCCAAAAUUCAACUUCACUGCACCCAGCAAAACCAAGACACAGACCACCAACCCAUUAACCAACCCAUUUGCAGUGAGUAAGCACACGCCUGCCCAGUCUGUCCAGUCACUACCAGAACCUGACAACAUCCCCGCUGAUCCUAAUGGGGAUAAAACCCUAGGAUUAGUUGGGGCUGACAACUCAUUUGGAGUUCACUUGGAUGACUGGGAUGACUUUGAUGAUUUUGAAACUCCAAUCAAGGGAAGGGCAGCAUCACAAAGCCCUGGGACUCUUGUGAAAAAAUCAUCUGGGCAAGACAAGGAAAUAUCCCCUAAAACUGAUGCUGACAAGGGUGCUAAUACCAUUAAAAAUGGAGCUUUGCCUAUAGUGCAAGACAUUGCAACUUCAGGAAUUCAGCAGAUUACAACAGAGAACCCCCUUGCUGAACAGUACCAUGCCCAUGCAGGACCUGCUGGUGGGGAGCCUGAUGACUCGCCCAUCAAGACAACCAAGCGUCGUCUGACUUCACUCCAACUCAAGCCACUGUUGAGUGACAGUGAGGAUGAGAGUGUUAAUGACGUUUCAAGGCCUAAUGAAAAAACAGAAGAAAAGCGUUCAUCAAAAAUUGAACAUAAUUCAGACAUCAUAAAUGUUGAUGACAGUCCAACUCACAAUAUGCCAGAGGACAACUUGGAUUUUAUUCCACCCUCCCCUGUUCCUGAAGACAGGAGUGCAUCUUUCUCAACACUAGAGAAACGAAAAUCUGCUCUUGCCCAUGCUGAGAGAAUUGUUGCUUCACCAAAAGGGUCUAUGUCAAGCUUCCAAGGAACUCUGGAUGUACCUGCUAAAGAUUCAAAAGAUCCCAGUGAUGCUCUCUACAGUGUUAUGGAGUCUAUCUGUUGUCUAGUGGACACGAUCCCUGAGCAUGAGCUUAUAACCUUGACUUGUGGCACACAUCUGCUUUUACAGAGAGCGCACAGGAAAAGGAUUCUUGCUGAUGCUGCAUCACUGGGAAACUUUUCAUCAAACAGAGGAGCAACCCCUGAGCCCAGGGUGCUCCAAAGAGCAAGUCCUGGUGUUGCAACCCCUCUGACUUCAGGCAAAGGAGACCACGCACAGAGCUGCUUUCAGUUCCGAAAGUCCAUCACCUCCAUCAUGUCCAUGGAUAGCAGUAACAGUGUGUUUGUAGACUCAGACUGCGUCAUCAGUGGUGUGGAAACCCCAGGUGGCUCCUGGAACCCCAACCCUUCCCUCAACCUGCUUAUGAAUGGAGAGAGGAGAAAGGCAUCAAGCUUGAACUGCGGUAAUGGCAGUGUUCUGAGAGGGGAGUGCUCCUCCAGGAUGUCCCUCAAUAAGGCUAAUGGUCAUUCUGUGGAUCUAGAGCAGAUGGAACUUUCCUUUUCACCCAGCAAGCCCUCGAAGGCUGACCGAAGUAAUCAGCAGAGAAAAGCAGGAAGCAGCACUGUAGAGUCUGAAUUUUUAAAUUCACGAGCAGACACAGAACCAGAUGACUUUUAUAUUGAUGACUUUGACAUUGAUGACCUCAAUGAGAGUGAUAUCCCAGAUUACUAUGAUGAGCCUGUGGAUUCUUCAGCAUCAAGGAAUUCCUCUGUUCUCCUACAACCUGUUUAUGAAGUAGGAUCUUCUAAGUCAUGUGUAAAAAAGCCCAACAUAACCCCCACUGCUGUCGUAAAACCUACUAAACCACCUUCUCCUGAGGUUACGUUCAGGAAUCCAGCACAUGACCGCUUCAGGGGCUUCAGCUUUCCUCACUCUCCGGAGAUGAUGAAGAUCUUUCACAAAAAGUUUGGUCUUCAUCAGUUUCGCUUCAAUCAGCUAGAAGCCAUCAAUGCUACCCUGCUCGGAGAGGACACUUUUGUGCUGAUGCCUACAGGUGGAGGUAAAAGCCUGUGCUACCAGCUGCCCGCCUGUGUCUCUGCUGGGGUGACGGUGGUGAUCUCACCACUGCGUUCUCUUAUUGUGGACCAGGUUCAGAAACUCACCACAUUAGAUAUCCCGGCCACUAGCUUAUCUGGGGAUAAAAGUGACAAUGAAGCUGCUCGAAUCUACAUGCAGCUGUCUCGGAAAGAUCCCAUCAUCAAACUCCUUUACGCUACUCCAGAGAAGAUCUGUGCCAGUGGGAGAAUGGUCAGUGCCCUGCAGAACCUGUAUGAGCGAGGUCUGCUUGCUCGCUUUGUCAUUGAUGAGGCCCACUGUGUCAGCCAGUGGGGACAUGACUUCAGGCCAGACUACAAGCGCAUGCAUGAACUUCGGCAGAAAUUUCCCAGUGUUCCUAUCAUGGCACUGACAGCCACUGCCACACCUCGAGUCCAGAAGGACAUCCUCAACCAGCUGGUCAUGACUCGGCCCCAAGUGUUCACAAUGAGCUUCAACAGACACAAUCUUAAAUAUGUUGUAUUGCCCAAGAAACCCAAGAAAGUGGAUGAGGACUGCAUUAACUGGAUCCAGAAACACCAUCCACGUGACUCUGGGAUCGUGUACUGCUUGUCUCGGAAUGACUGUGACAGCAUGGCGGACAGUCUUCAGAGGGCUGGGAUUGCAGCGCUGGCGUACCACGCAGGGCUAAACAACAGCAACCGAGAGUAUGUCCAAAACAAGUGGAUCAACCAGGAUGGGUGCCAAGUCAUAUGUGCCACCAUUGCAUUUGGCAUGGGCAUCGACAAGCCUGAUGUGCGGUAUGUGAUCCAUGCCAGUCUGCCCAAGUCAGUGGAGGGCUACUACCAGGAGUCAGGCAGAGCUGGCCGGGAUGGAGAGAUCUCCCACUGUGUCCUCUUCUAUACCUACUCUGAUGUCAUUCGCAUCAAAAGACUCAUCGCUAUGGACAAAGAUGGCAACCACCAUUCCAAAGCCACCCACAUCAACAACCUGCACAGCAUGGUGCAUUUCUGCGAGAAUGUGGCCGAGUGUAGGAGGAUUCAGCUGCUUGCAUACUUCGGGGAGCAUAAAUUCAAUGCUGACUUCUGUAAGGAGCACCCUGAGGUCAUCUGUGAUAACUGUGCCCGGCCCCAUCAAUACAAAAUGAGAAACGUGACUGAGGACGUUGAGAGGAUUGUGCACUUCGUGCAAGAAUACUGUGAGAAGAUUGGCAGCAGAUAUGGCAGAUCUAGCCAGCAAAACAGGCUUACUCUGAAUAUGCUGGUUGACAUUUUCUUGGGCUCAAAAAGUGCCCGGAUCCAAACGGGCAUGUAUGGAACCGGUGCAGCCUACUCCAGACACAACGCAGACAGGCUCUUUAAAAAGCUUGUGCUAGAUAACAUCCUCAUGGAAGACCUGUACAUCACUAAUAAUGGCCAGGCUGUGGCCUACAUCUCAGCUGGCCCUAAAGCCAUGAACGUCCUGAGUGGCAGCUUGCAGGUGGAAUUCCAUGAAACUGAGAGCGCCUCGAGCAUCAGGAAGCAUAAAGCCUCGGUCACCAGAAGCGUAUCGAAGAGGGAGGAGAUGGUCAAGAAGUGUCUGGAAGAGCUCAAUGAGCUAUGCAAGAAGCUGGGCAAAGUGUUCGGUCUUCACUACUACAACAUCUUCUCCACGAGCACUCUAAAAAAGAUCGCUGAAACUCUGUCGGCUGAUCCUGAGGUGUUGCUGCAGAUUGAUGGUGUGACUGAGGACAAGCUAGAGAAGUAUGGAGCAGAGCUCAUCGAACUGCUGCAGAAAUAUUCAGAAUGGCAGCUGCCUGUUGACGAUCAGGCUGAGAGCUCAGGGUGGAUCGACACCACAUGUGGCCGUGGUGAAGAAGAUGCAGAAGGUUAUGACGAAGCUGGCAGCUCAUCAGCCUAUUUCAGCACAGGCCAGGGGGGGAAGAGGAAAAAAGCUCCCUUUGCACGGAAGCCCAAACGGCGGAGGGGCUACGCCAGCCAGAACUCAUCCAAGAGUAGUUGCAAUGGAAGCUGGCGUUCAUCUAAAGGAGGCUCCCGAGGCGCAGGGCGAGGCGCAGGGCGAGGAGCAGGGCGAGGAGCAGGUCAGGGAGCAGGUCGGGGAGCGGGCGGAAGCUCCAGGAUUGCAGCGCCGUCAGGGAGAAGACCUGGCUUCAUGGCCCUGCCCAUCCCCCACAGCACCUCACGGCCAUUCCUCAAGCCAGCCCUCUCUCACUUCAGCUGAGAUGACCAGCAUUACCCAGCGGUUCAUCAUUGCUUUUUGUUCUCUCUGUGUCGAUGGCUGCAUGGUUGUAAAGUAUUGUUUUGCUUGCUGUCUUGUUUAUGUACAGUAUUCAUUUUUCAUUUCAUUUCAGUGUUGUAUUGGAAAGUUUAAAGGAGAGGUGUUUAACCCAGUCUUUGGAAGCCACUAGAUGGUACCCAUCGUUGCUGUAACCUGCUAACCUGGGACCAGUGUUGUGUUAGAGCAAAAACAUGGACCAUCUAGUGAGUCCCAAGGGCUGUUUCCAUGUUGCUUCUUACGUUUUGUAUUUGAAGUUUUAACUUAUUAAAACCAUACGUAUGAACAUUAUUAAAA